AUAUCGUCCCCCUCCCGCUUAUUUUUACUUUUUGUGUCGGAAACUUUGCGCGUUUGAUCUGCGCUUGACCUCGUUGAAUCUCAGGAAGUAAGAGACUCAAAUUGAUUUUGGACAAGGUCCAGGGUCUAUUUGUAUGGGUUUGGAAGUCGUACUAAGGGUUUGAAAUGCAUAAUGUUCAAUUCGGGGAAUCAUGUUAGCCGUGGGAGUGCAACACCGUCACCAGAUAUGCCACCCUUGACUCAGUGUUUGCCGUUGGACCCGAUUAUAUUGGGCAGUCAGAAAUAUACGCGCUUGGGAGAGCUAAGAAGGGUUCUGGGUGUUCCUCUUGGAAGUACAUCAGAGGACCAUUCCUUUGGAGUUUCCCACCCUAAACCUCCAGCUCCAGUAGCUACAGAGGAGCUAAAGCACUUCAAAGAAAGUGUACAAGAUGCCUCUAGAAAGGCCAGGGAUAGAGCGAAAAUGUUACGUGAAUCCAUUCACAAAUUGGACAAAUAUAGGGAAGCCUUAAGCUCAAAGAAGCGACCGCGUGGUGAUCUUUCAUCAAGUGAGAGAUCUGGUGGAGUAAACUUAGCAAAGAUGGGAAGCCAGAUUCACAGAAACUCUCAUGACACUGUGACUCAAAGAUUGGAGGACAGAACCAAGAGUAUUGGGUUGAAUAAGCGUGUUCGUACAUCAGCAGCGGAUGUGCGGGCAGAUAGUAGGUCUGCUGUGACCUCAAGGCAGCAGAUGGUCACAGAAAAGGAUGGAGAUCUGCUCGAGCCAUUUAGUGGGGUUUCUGUUCGGAUUGAAGAAAAGACUCGUCGACUGCUUGCUGGUGGUGAAGGAUUGGAUCAAAAGAUAAAGAAGAAACGUUCUGUUGGAGCUGUAGGUAAUAGAGUAGUAACUGGUGAGCGGGAUACAAAACGAGCUACACAUCCAAAGCUGAAUGCGGAUUCUAAGUUGCGUUCUUGUGACGCCCAUAGUUUCAGAUUGAAGUCUUCCCCUGGAGUUAGUGGAAUCAACAAGUUGGAUGGUUCUUUUGAGCCUGCUACUUCAGAUGCUUGCACAGCAGUCAGGAAUGAACUGGAACGUGCCCCUCUUCCAAGGGACCGUGCAGUUGUAUUGGAACAGAGACUUUUAGCGAAAGGAAACAAUAAGGCAAAUAUUCAGGAGGAUAUUCCAUCAGGCAGUCCUAAUACAGUAGUAAAAGGAAAAAUUUCCAGGGCACCACGGACUGGUUCCAUCAUGGGACUAGAUUCAUCUCCUAAUGUUCACCAUUCAUCUGGAGCCUUUCAAGGUUGUGAACAGACUACAGGUCUAAAUAAAGUUCCAGUUGUAGGUGUGACAAAUAACCAAAAGCGUAUGAUGUCCACAGGCUCAUCCAUACAUCCUAUGACCCAGUGGGUUGGUCAGAGACCACAUAAAAACUCACGCACAAGGAGAUCAAAUUUAGUUUCUCCGGUCUCAAACCAUGCUGAAACUCAGAUUUCGUCCCAAGGCUUUGCAACUAGUGAUUUGAGUGUGAAAACUUCAUCUCUGGGGACCAGUGGAUCACUACUGGCCAGCAGUGUAGAUAACAAUACCCUAAAAGUUAAGAGGGAACGUGAGAGUGUUUCAUCUCCAUUUGGGUUAUCUGAAAGUGAAGAAUCAGGUGCUGGAGAAAACAAAUUGAAAGAGAAAGGGAUAGAUAGUGUAGAAGUUGCUUUGACUGCAACUCAUAAAGGUGGGGCUUUUGUGUUACCGACGAAGAAGAAUAAAAUACCAAGUAUUGAAAUUGGAGAUGGUGCGCAGCGACAAGGAAGGAAUGGAAGGGGUUCAUCCUUAACAAGGCCGGUAAUUCCUCCAGUGGGGGAGAAGUUGGAGCAUCUAUUGACGACAAAGCCAUUGCAAAGCGUGAGGGCUAAUUCUGAAAAGAAUAGAAGUAAAUCAGGCCGUCCACCUUCAAAAAAGCUGAAAGACCGCAAGGCUUUGAUUCGUGUUGGGCCGAUAAUAAACAAUGGUUCUUCAAAUUUUACUGGUGAGUCUGAUGAUGAUCGUGAAGAACUAUUUGUAGCUGCAAAUGCUGCUCGUAAUGCUAGAAGUCUUGCCUGUUCUGGUCCAUUUUGGAAUAAAAUGGAAUCUAUUUUUGCUUCUGUCAGCUCAGAGGAUUUGUCCUACUUGAAGCAACAGGGUGUUAGUGUGCUUAAAGAAGCAAAUGAUUGUUCUGCCACAAGACAAAGAAGCCACUCCAAUCAAGAAUUAGCUGAGGCCGAUUCUUUUCAUGGAAGAUUUGACACGAGAAAGUUGGACAAAGUUACUCCAUUGUACCAACGAGUUCUUUCUGCUUUGAUAGAAGAAGAUGAAAUUGAAGAAUUUCACCUCCAUGGUGAAGGGAAAAAUUUGUCUCUGCAGUAUGGUAGUGAUGAUUCUCAUUGUGGUUCAUGUAACCAUAUUGAUAUUGAGCCUAAAGAUUGGGACAGAAUGGAAUCUGAAGUUGAGUCGGAAGUGGAUUACCAGACUCAGAAGAAUUACUUGUUAGACAGACUCUCUUGUGAUAAGAGUGUUGCAUCUAACUCAUUUAGGAACCCAAGCAUGUCCAGUUCUUUAACUAGCAGUGAACAGUGGCGGGGAGAUGAUGACUUUUCCCAUUCUGAUCUGGGACACGCCAGUGAAAUUUGUUCAAAUGAUCUUGGUCAGCUGCAACCUAGGGAAUUAAAUGUUGGCAGUCUGUCUUCCUCUAACUGCCAAUAUCAGCUAUUGUGUCUGGAUGACAGGCUUCUAUUGGAACUGCAGAGUAUUGGCUUAUAUCCAGAGACAUUGCCCAAUCUAGCAGAGGGAGAUGUGAUUAAUCAGGAUAUUAUCGAACUUAAGGAAGGACUGUACCAACAGAUUGGGAUAAAGAAGAAAAACUUGGGAAAGAUUGACGAAGCUAUUCAGAAGGGUAGAGAUGUGGAGGGACGGACUAUGGAGGAAGUUGCAAUGGACCAACUUAUUGAGAUGGCUUACCAAAAACGGAUGGCUUGCCGUAGGAGUUGUGCUUCAAAAAGUGCAGUGCGUAAGGUUUCAAAACAUGUUGCAUUGGCUUUUGUCAAGCGCACUCUUGCUAGAUGUCGAAAAUUCGAAGAUACUGGCACUAGUUGCUUUAGUGAGCCUGCACUGCAGGAUGUCCUCUUCUCUGUAUCUCCAUGCAAUAAUGACACAAAAUCGGUUGACUGUGUUGGCUCAGGAACUGCCAGUAACACAUGCAAUGAAGCUUCCCACCAAGCGGAAGCCAGGGGAUCAGGUGCUGUUUCUAGUGCUUUUGAGAGAUAUGAUUCUCCUAGCGAUAAUAUUGACAGAGGUUCAUCAGAUGCUUUCCAAAGUGUCAUUCACUCUUCUGAACAAGCUUCUUCCAAGCAUAGCUCUGUGUUCAUCAAAGGAAAGAAGAGGGAGAUGCUGAUUGAUGAUGUUGUUGGAAAUACUUGCCCGAGGGCAACAUCAGCUCUUGACGGCCCUGUUCUUGGUGGAUUAAAGGGUAAGAGAAGUGAUAGAGAGAGAGAUCUGAACAAAGAUAAUGUAAGAAGUAAUUCUGUCUCUGGAGCCAGUCGUCCGUCAUUGGACGGCUUCCGGAGUGAGCGCAAAACAAAAGCAAAGCCCAAGCAAAAGAAUAUUCAUCUAUCAACGUCUGGAAGUGGUUUCCAUGGCAGGUUUAUGGAAGCUCCAGAACCUGGUUGUCCACCAGUUCGUGGAUCUAAUCAACCAGCGUCCACCGUCUGCAAUAAAAUAAGCAGGGAAGCGGGUUCAACCUUACCCGGUAAUAUUCCUAAGAAAUCAUCUAAAGAGUCUGAGGAACCUAAUCAUUUUGCAAAUUUGCAACUACCUGAAUUAGAUUCAGUGGAAGCACUAGGUGUAUCCAAUGAUAUUGUUGGACCUCAAGAUCUGAGUUCUUGGUUGAACUUUGACGAAGAUGGCUUGCAAGACCAUGAUUCUAUUGGUCUCGAAAUACCGAUGGAUGAUCUCACAGAGUUGCACAUGUUCUGAUGAUGGAUGAUCUUGCCAGAAAUAUGAAUUUAGAUGACUAAUUGAAGACCAACUAGUCUAGCUGAAACAAAUUGAUCAAAGAUUAUAAAUAUAGUUAUAGUUAUUUCUUCUGUAUGAAUUGUCAAGUCAUUGAAGAAAUAUGAUUGCCCCUUUCCAGUA